CACCCUCCCCGCCAAUCUUAACACCAAUCUUCUCAGCCUUACCCCAAAGCCACCACCAGCAUGAAGGCUUCUCUGAUCCUUGCUGUCGUCUCCGCUGCCGUCGCAAUGGCGAGCCCUGCUGAGGUCUCGCUCAACCGUGCCUUCCGGGCGGUCACAGUUGAUGGUACCACCACCCAGACUGCAUGUAUCGAGUGUCCAUGCGGCAACACCUUCAACGCUGUCUGCGAGUGCGUCCCCGGUGGCUGCUGCUGCACCUAGGUCUCUCAUCCAGCUCCCGCGGGUGUGAUCUAAACGACACUUUUCCAUAGAUCACAGAGGAUGCAACUCACUUCCACCUUUUCACGGCUCACGACCAAUGCAUUACUGUACGAUACCACCUGCAACUUUUCGAUGGAUUUCCACACAUACGGGGCCGGCACAAAAGCUGGAUUACCUGGAUGGAUGGGCAUUUUGGUUUUUCUCUUCACGGAGUGUCAUGUCGACUGGCAUUUCCUGACAUGUAUUCAUGAUUUUACUCACGGUUAUUCCCUCAUGACUGUGUUUCCUGGGACUAGCGAUAGUCUUCAGUGGAAGGGAAUAGAACGAUAAUACAACACCAAUUUCAAAA